AUGGAACCCCGUCGCCCAUCCGCCAGCGAUGCCGCCGACGCAGCCCUCGCCAGCCUCGGCUACAAGGGCGAGCUGCCCCGAAACCUCAGCAUGAUGAGCAUCCUCGGCCUGUCGUUUGCCAUCAUGGCCGUGCCCUUUGGCCUCUCCACGACGCUCUACAUCACGCUGUACAACGGCCAGUCCGUCGCCGUCCUCUGGGGCUGGGUGCUCGUGUCCCUGAUAUCCAUCUGCAUCGCCGCCUCGCUCGCCGAGAUCUGCGCCGUCUUUCCCACCGCCGGUGGCGUCUACUACUGGUCCGCCAUGCUGAGCACCCGCCGCUGGGCGCCCAUGGUCAGCUUCGUCGACGGCUGGCUGACCCUCGUCGGCAACUGGACCGUCACCCUGAGCAUCAAUUUCUCCGGCGCCCAGCUGAUUCUCAGCGCCAUUUCCAUCUUCAACCCGGACUACGUCGCCAACCAGUGGCAGACGGUGCUGUGUUUCUGGGCCGUCAUGCUGGUGUGUGCCGCCGUGAAUGCCUUUGGGUCGAGGUAUCUGGACCUCAUCAACAAGGUCUGCAUCUACUGGACCGCCGCCAGUGUGCUCAUCAUCAUGGUUACACUGUUGGUCAUGGCCCCGUCGCGCCACUCGGGCGCCUAUGUGUUUGGCCAUUACGAUGCUUCGGCGAGUGGGUGGCCUGCGGGAUGGUCGUUUUUCAUCGGAUUGCUGCAGCCUGCCUACACCUUGACCGGCUACGGCAUGGUCGCCGCCAUGUGUGAAGAAGUCCAGAACCCCGAACGAGAGGUCCCCAAGGCCAUUGUGCUCUCCGUCGUCGCCGCCGGCAUCACGGGUGUCAUCUACAUCAUCCCCUUGCUGUUUGUCCUGCCUGAUGUGGCCAUUUUGCUCCAGCAGGCUCAGCCCAUUGGUUUGCUCUUCAAGACAGUCACGGGAUCUGCCGCUGGCGGGUUUGGCUUGUUGUUCCUGAUUCUCGGUAUCCUCAUGUUCGCCGGCAUUGGUGCCCUGACGGCCGCAUCCCGCUGCACCUAUGCGUUUGCUCGUGACGGCGCCAUCCCCGGAUACCACCUCUGGAGCCGCGUCAAUAAGACGCUCGGCAUGCCGCUGUGGGCUCUAGCCCUGUCCACCGUGGUCGACUGUAUCCUCGGCUGUAUCUACUUUGGCUCCUCGGCAGCGUUCAACUCCUUCACCGGCGUCGCGACUAUCUGUCUGUCCAUGUCAUAUGGUGUCCCCGUGUUGGUGCUGCUCGUCCGCCGCCGAGAGCUGGUAAAGAGCUCGCCCUUCUCCCUUGGAAAGUUUGGUACAAUCGUCAACAUCAUCUGCAUCGUGUGGAUCGUAUUUGCCGUUGUUAUCUUCUGUAUGCCCGUCUCCUUGCCCGUGGACCCCAGCACCAUGAACUAUGCCUCCGUGGUGUUUGCUGGCUUUGCUGCUAUUGCAAUUGCUUGGUACUUUGCUUAUGCACGUCGCAAUUUCCACGGCCCCCCGGUUUUGGGCAAUGGGGAGUUUGUGCCCGGCGUGACGGGGGUGCAGCAUCACGGUGCGGAGGCGAACGUGGGCACGGAUUCGGAGACGCCUGAUCCUGCCUUGGAAAAGAAUUAG